AUGGCAAGUUGCCGUGAAGUGUAAAAAUUCUGAACACUGAAAGCCGUAUUUUUAAUUGCCUGAAGUUCCGUUUUUUACUACACAGGGCGAAUUCAGCCAGCAGUUCAGACUUUCCUGGACAUUCAACCCGACUGCAGUAUGUCAAUUUCGCUAUCCCGGAAAAGUCCACAUAGCAAGAAGCAAGAGCAUAAUCUAGAACGCGUGGCCUGUGAAACAGGUUCAACGUGUUGAUCUCCCGCACGCCCGACAAAUAAAAACUCAUAGAAACCCGAAUAAGAAAUUCCAUGAGCGUCUUGAACGCAGAGGAAAAGUAUACUUUGACUGCGACGAGACCACAAAAUUACAUUGAAAAUUUUUCAUGAAAAUUGCGUUCAACGGUGACCUCCAUCUGAACCUCAUUAAAUAAGUCUAUGAAUAAUCAAAUUUCUACUCAUUUCAGCAGACAAUACCCUUCGGAUGUAGUAACAGGGCUGUAUAAAAUUUAGAGCGGCUCUCACCAACUGCGUGUCACUUCUCGGUCCCUGCGUCGGACGAGGUCUAUCCGCAACCUGAUUUCAGAUUGCGUUUCAGUAGAUGGAUAGACAACUGGGUGAAUAUGGUCAUGAAAUAUGAUUUUAAACGCUGUUCGCCAUCACCCUCUGACUAUGUUUCACCCAAAUCAAGACUUUUAGGCCCAUAUUUCUGAAUCGCGUUUGACGAAGACAUUGACAUAAAACUCAGCAUUUACUCGCAAGGGGGAGAGCUUCAGAACCUUUUUUAAAAGAGACUGGUUAUCGAACAACAAGUUUGUAAAAGGGGCUUUUUUCCAUAGUACAAGGUCGCGAAGGUUGACACAGUCAGAAGGCAAUCCCAGACAGUCCAGCGUCGCAACAGAAGACGCUUUCUGACCAGUUACUUUCGACUUAUUGGACAUGCCUGCUGCCCUCUAAUUCAUCAACACAUGAGAUAUUUGCUCUCAUAAGGAAAAAAGCGCGUUCUUGAAAUCAGCUGAAAAAAAGGAUUCAUUCUCGAAGCCAGCACUGGAGACAACAACAGGUAGGGAUGGCGAGCGCGCGGAGGAUGCAGCUGUUAUGCCGUCCACGACACAACACUUUGACCGCCGCAAACAACGCCACGCAUCGCUGUCCCACUAGGCGGCUCCGGCCUCGGUGACUCGCGGGUGAAUUAAUUCACCGUGGGGCAGAUUUGAGAAGGAUCUAAGAAACCACACCACCGCCAUACCUGACAUUCCACUAAUUCUUGGAGGAUAUUUAAGUGCAAACUGCAUUAAAGAACUAUUUUCAAACGUUAUUCUACUUGUGCUGGAUUUGCAUGGAUGAACUUUAUGGCCUCCCAAUGCUUAAGUAUACUCAUUUGACAGGAUUUUUGAAAUUUUUGUCACUUUUAUAGAAAAUUUUAUUUUCAAGCAAUGUCAUAUUGCAUUUUAUAUUUCUUUUGUGUUUUCGUUGUACUUAAAGUCAUUCAGUAUUAAUUUGAAGUUUUGGUCGAUAUAUGUUUUUGACCGGUUUUCGAGGGAUAAGAGAUGUUUCGUAAAUUCAGGCACAUUUCUUGUGCUAGGUUUCGUACUGUGGGUGUCUAUCAAAAUUAACAGAUCCUGUAUUUUAUCGCAGAUGAUCCCGUUUGGUACGGUAAUUGCCUGAUCGCUGCUGCUGCUGCUGCUGCUGCAGCUGCUGCUGCUGCUGCUACUGCUGCUGCUGCUGCUGCUGCUGCUGCAGCUGCUGCUGCUGCUGCUACUGCUGCUGCUGCUGCUGCUGAUGCUGCUGCUGCUGCUGCUGCUGCUGUUGCUGCAUAUUCUCUCAUUCGCGUCCGGAGUAAUCCCCCUGUUUCUUGGAUAUGGCUGCUUUGCCCGCAACUGUACAAGAUCUGGUAA